AUGUCAAAGUCCCCAGAUACUAUUGACAGUCUUCUCGGUGCGCUCAAAAAUUCUGCGGAGGCAGAAAGCAAGGAGAUACGAGACACUGUAGACUACAUCUCAUCUUGGCUCACUUCCUUGUUCAACUCUUCCGUCCCAUCUUCGGAAUUCUCUAAGAGAGUAUCUCAAAAACUACGCUACUCUCUUCGUCCGCUGUAUACCGCUGCUCCAGCUUCGUCGUUUCAACUAUCAGCUGCGGUCUUUGCCAAAAUCAUCAGUGAUAAAAUAAUACAUGCUGCUCAAAAUCAGAAAAUGAAAGUACGCUAUGCAUGGGAGCCUAUCGCAGAAUCCAUAAUCUCUGGAGUUUUAGAUCACCUUGAUGACAAAAAUAAUGGUGAAAACCGUCAUAAUACAAUAUACUACUUCUAA